AUGCUGGAAAACGGUCCCGGAACGAAGAUUUCAUCUCGUUUUUUCAAACUCUCGUUCUCAUUUAUAGGAUUGAAAUUUUCUUUUUUCAGCUUCUGUUAUGGAAGAAGACCUACAGCCGGUGUUACCAGUACGCCGUAUGCUGUCGGAGCAUAAUCCGGGAACUUCGCCUGUCAAAGCGGUAAGUUUUCGGACAUGAAAUUUGAUUUUAUUUCAAUGUUUUUCAGCCAAACUUGUCGCCCCGAGUAACUCCCACAAAAGGAGCGAAUCCUUACGGAGAUCGUUUCAUUCCACUACGACAACCUCAUAGUGAAUUGAAUGCUCGGUUUUGCGCCAUUUACAACACGGAUCACGAUGUUUGUGAUUUCUGAUUUAUAGUAAAUAAUAAUUUACCUUUUAAUAUUGAUGUGAGAAAGUAGAUUUUGUCAUGUUGCUAGAAAUUAAUUUGUACUUUCAUUUUUUUUGUUGAAAAACUCCAGGAUUCUAUAAUUUUUUUGUGUUUAGAACAUUAAAUUGAACUUAUUAUUUUUUUAAAUUGUGUCAAAUUUUUUUGUUUGAAAAAAAGAUUUUUAGAUUUUUUUUUCCUUUUUCUUUAGAUUUUUUUGUUCGUUUCUAAAAAAAUAUUUUUGAAUUUUUUUGUAAAUGAGUUAGAGUUUAAAACGGAUUGAUAUUAUUGAAAAUAUUUUCCAAAAGAAAAAUUCCUAUAUUUUAUUAUUAUCUUUAAGUUUUUUUCCAAAUGAAGAUUUUAUUUUUUUUGAUGCGAGAAUUAUGAUUUUUCUUUUUCAACUUGAAGAAGAAUAAUGCUUUCAUUCGAUACAAAACAAUUUUUCAGUUUAAAAAAAUUUAUGCUGUGUUCAAAGUUCCGCAAAGUCCAAAAUAACCUUCAGAGAAAGAAAAAGAUAAUUAAAUUUCGGAUAGUCAGAGAUAGUUUUGCAUUUUGCGGAAUUUACUUUGAACACGGAAUUAUGAAUAUUGUCAUUGAAGCCUUUAGAAAGUAAUUUUGAAAAUCAUAACAUUUUCAGGCUGUACAUACUUUCAAGCGACCGAUGGGGAACAGUACGCGGAUGAACGCAGGGGGCGGGACCGGAAACAGUGGCGGCGGCGGCGGUGGCGGGGACUCGCACCCGACCAGCCACGGUUCCAACUCCUCGAGCCAUCAGUUCUCGGCCAGCUCCGGGACCAGCUCUCCCAGCGGCUACCAGGUCCAGCAGAUGUGCAUCGAGGAGCAUCGUCGCGAUGAAAUCGUUCUGAGGGCCUUGCUUCGCAACGAAAUGCUCAAGGAUCGCAUUGAUGAUGUGGGUUUUCAGGGAUUUUCUGCUCCUUAUGCAUCGAUUUUAAACAUGGGUUUUUGAUAAAAGAAUAAUUUUUUUUUUUUUGAAAACUUAGAAACUGCGGACUUUGAGCUAGAAAAAUCGAAAAAGUUUUCCAAAAAUUGAUUUUUCAUUAAAAAUUGUAGUAUCUUGCUUCUAAAAAAAGGUUGUAGAGUAUAUAAAUUAGAGUAAUUAGAUGAAAAAAUUGAAUUAGAAUUUUUGAUGGAAAAACAGGCUUUAUUAAUCAAUGAAUUUCGAAAAAAAGUUUGAAAAAAAUUUUUUUGAUUCCCGAAAGUUGAAGUAGCAGAUUCAAUAUUGAGCAGUAGGAAAAAUAUCAUGAAAGUAAAGUUAAUUUUUUCUCGAUGAUCUUGUCAAGCAUAAUAAAUUUAUUUCCUAGGUUUUAUUGACAGUAGAAAUCGAAAAAAAUACACUUUAUAAGACUUAUAAAUACUUCAAACUUCAAAAAUAAUAGGUUUUUUCUCUUUUUUCUUAUUUUUUCGAAGAAAAUAACCUUUUUUUUGGGAACUAUCUGUUUUUUUUUGUUUGACUGCGCUAGGAGCUCACAAGAAUUUUUUCAAAGUAAACAUUUAGUUUAUAGGGAGCACUUUUUCGACUCCUUAGGGGACUGCUUUUUUCCUCCUGACACCUGUAGGGACCACUCUGGAAUUCCAAAUUCUGAGAACUUGUAGAAAAAAGCGUGCAAUUUCUACUUAAAGUUUGACGUUUUUUAAUAGAUAAAUUAGGAGUCUCUUUCUUCAAGUAGCCACUUGAGUUUUUUUUUUUGCAGGAAGUUUGCUGUUGUUUUCCACUCGUAUUCCUAUCCGACGCAACUCGGAAAAAAAUUUUCUUGGCAAACUUGCGGACCAAAACCUCUAAAAAGCAUUUAUUAAUGAUUUUUAGUGGCUACUUUAGGGUUUAAAGUUUUGUUGAAUUCCUUAGGAUGCUUAUGAAGUAGUCACUUUUUUGGCAAGAAGUCGAAAAUAAACCUGUUUCCAGCUUCAUUCCUACCCGCCGGAAGACAACUACCACUCCUCCUCGAGCAUGUCGAUGAGCAGCAAUGCGCCGUCCUCGAACUCCCACCGGCAGCAGCACCACCAUCACCAUCAUCAUCCCCAUCCGCCUCAACAACAUCCGCAGCAUCAGGCCCAGUCGACCCCCCAACAUCCACCGCCGGCCCAGUCCGUCAGCCCGCCGGAGGCUUUCUCUUCGGCCGCCGCCGCCGUCAUCCCGACUUCCGCGGUCGCUUCCGCCACUGUCACGGUCACCGCCCCCGACACCGUCGUCGUUCCUCAUGUUACUCCCUCAGGUGCUUCACGAGUAGCCAAGAGUUCUAGAAAAAUCAGUUUUCUAGUGUUGAUAGGAAAUAUCAGUUCCAUCCAAAUUCAGUGUGAAAAAGCAGUAUCUCAGAAAACUAGUUUUUUGACCUCCCAAAGCAUUUUUACUCAUGUUACUCCCUCAGGUGCUUCACGAGUAGCCAAGAAAAACCAGGUUUUAAGUUUUAAUAGGAAUAUUCAGCUUUAGUGUGAAAAAGGAGAAGUGGAACUCCGAAAACUAUAGCUUUUUGACAAUUUUGGACCUCAGAAAGCGUUGUUCCUCAUGUUACUCCCUCAGGUGCUUCAGAAAAGCCAAGAGUUCUAGGAAAAUCAGUUUUUAUGGUUUGAUAGGAAGUUUUAGUGUGAAAAAGGAGAAGUAUAACUCAGAAAAUUGUAGCUUUUUGACAAUUUUGGACCUCCCACAGCAUUUUUUCUCAUGUUACUUCUUCAGGUGCUUCUCGAGUAGCCAAGUAACUAGAUUUCAAGUUUUAAUAGGAAGUUUUAGUUUUAGUGUGAAAAAGGAGAAGUAGAACUCCGAAAACGGUAGCUUUUUGACAAUUUUCGACCUCCAAAAGCAUUUUUCCUCAAAAUUUUUAGAGGUCGCUAUAGUAGUCAAAUUAGUGGCCACUCAAGGGGUUAGAAAUUAGUGGCCACUGUAAAGGUCUAAGUGCUACUACUAGACCACUAAAAAUUUUAGUGGCCACUCUAGGGGUCAAUGGAUCAACAUAACUGGUCCAAUCUGUUUGUUUUAAAAUUAUCAGAGUUACUGGAAGGAAUACUGGAUGAAAAACUACUGAAGUGGCCAUCAAAACGGAAAAUACAGGUCACUAUAGAUGUUUGUUUUAGUGGCCACUUUAGUGUUCUCUUCAAGUAGUCCUUGUCGAGCCUCUAUAGUGGCCAAUACAAGUUUUCCCAGUAGAGUUUAUGUUCAAUAGGAAGCAUGCAUGAGAAAACUUCUAAAGACCUCACUAAUUCGACCACUGUAGUGGCCACUAAGACGUCAAAACCCUAAAGUGGCCACUAGAAGUUUCCCCAGAGUUUUAUAUUCUUCAUUGAGGGGAAAGGCUGCAGAAGCAUUCUGAUUCGAAAAAAUCCAUUUCUUUCGUUUUCCAGCCAACCAAACGACCCCGCAACGUUCCUCAGCCAGUUUGCCGACGUCUUCUUGUCACGAGGGGACCAGAAUCAGUAGUUCCGCCAAGAACCUGACGACGAUCCACUCGAGCCCAUCAAGGAAUCUCUUCUCCUACAGUGCCAAGACAACUCCAAAUAAGUACGGGCCUCCGAGUACCUCUGUAAAGUGAGUUUGCAGCUCGAAAAAUGGAAAAUCCCGGUUUUUUCUUCACGUUUCUGAGCAUGUUUUUGGUUUUUAGGCGUUGGAAUUUGAAGAUUAUCGAAAAAAUGAUGGAAAUGAUACUUCUUUUUCUGAAGGCUUUAGAAUGUUUAUAGAAAGAAAGAACGUUUUUUUUAACAGUGAAAGAAACAUUUUCUAGCGAUUUUGGAUGGAAGAAAAGCUAUUUUUGUAUCAUUUUGCUUGCUUUUUCAGUGGAUAAAUGUCAUUUUUUGUUUUCAUUCAUGGUUUUAGGGUAUUUUUAAGCAGAUAAACCUUUGAGAAAUGAUCUUUUUGCGGUUUAAAAGAAAAAGAAUGCUUAAAUUAUCAAUCUAAGUUCCAAAAAAAUAAAAAAAUUGAAUAAAAAAAUCAGCAGGAAUUUAAGUAAUUAUUGAACAAAUUCGAAAUGUUACGAAUCCGAAUUUUAACGCUUUUUCUAUGAAAGAAAAAAUUGAUAACGAACAUUUUUCUCAAUUUUUUCGAAUCCGUAUACUCAUUAGUUUCCUAAAUGUAUUUCUAUUAUUUGAAAGGUUUUUUUCAGCCUAAAAAAAUGUCGAUUUUAUUACAUUUUUUCCAGUGUUUCCCCCUUUUCCGGCCCCUUGAGUGAAGACAGCCAACGGUUGUUGAAAACGCCGAGAAAACCCCAGCGAAAAGUGCCGAAAAAUCCAUAUAAGGUUGAAGAAACGCGCCAAAAAUCGAAUAUUUGAGAUUUUUCAGGUUCUCGAUGCGCCAGAGCUCCAGGACGACUUCUACCUAAAUUUAGUGGAUUGGUCCGCCCAAAACAUGCUUUCUGUUGGCCUCAGCAGUUGUGUGUACCUCUGGAGCGCGCAUAAUAGCCAAGUAGAGCUUGUCUUUUUUUGAAAAAUAAGACCAAAAAAAUUGAAAAAAAUGGAGGAAAAAUUAGGGCGAAAUUGGAUUUUUUUGAAGUUCGUAGUCGUUUAUUUUGUAGUCUUUCCUAUGAAAAAGUAUUGCGAAACGAUCAAAAAAAUUGUAUAAUUUUUCCCAAUUUUAAGGUGUCGAAACUUUUUUUGCAAAGAUUUCUAUAGAAAGUUUUUUUGUAAAAAGUAGGAUUUUGAGACGUUUUUUUGUUGAAAAAUAUAGCUUCUACGAUGAAAAAAAUGGUGCAAAACGAUCAAAAAAAUUUUUAGAAUUUUUCCUAAUUUCAGGGUGUAAAAAUUUUUUUAUUUUUUUCAAAGAUUUCUAUUUAAAAGUAGGAUUUUAAGACGUUUUCCUGUUUAAAAUAUAGCUUCUACGAUGAAAAAUGGUGUAAACGGUUAAAACUUUUAUAAAUUUCUCAAAAAUAGAGUGUAACUUUUUUUUUAACCUAGAUUUCAAUAGAAUAUUAUCGUUAAAAAGAAUUUUAUAAGGUUUUUUUGAUUUUCGGAAUCUGAGUUUCAUAAAGUAAAAAAAUUCCUUUUGAUUAAAUAGGAUGUGUUAAAAUUUAUACAAAAGAUAUACUUUAUUCGAUUCAAAAAAUCUUCCCCUUGACAAAAACUCCUUUAAUUUCUUCAAUUUUAGUGUCAAAGAUUUGAUUUUUUCGGAAGCUUUUACCGAAAAAAAAUUUAAUCGAUUUUCCCACUCUAAGGAUUUUUUUACUAAGCCAUUUGCACAAUUUUCCGGAAAUUUUACAUUUUUACAGUCACAUUCAAAGUUUUGAAAGUUUUCUUUUUGAAAAUAAAUAUAAUUUUACUUUUUUCAAGGUCAUCAAGCUCUGCGACCUUCAAAACGAACAGGACACAGUGACUUCGGUUCAAUGGGCUGACAAGGGAGAUUUGCUGGCCGUUGGUACGAAUCGAGGCAUUACUCAGGUAAUUAUACUAAUUUUUCACACAGGUAAUAACCUUAAUUGUUGAAAAUUAUUGUUAUUUUUCGUUUAAAUUUCAUUUUUCGAGACUCCUCGUGGGACUUUUCGAACUUGAUGAUGUACUUGUUUAAGAAAUCUCACUCAUUUUACUUCAAAAACUUGUUAUUUUUUUUUUUUUUUAUAACACAUGGGCCCUUCUUAGGAACACCAGAGUGGUCCCUAUAGGGGCAUUUUUAGGGCCUUUAAAGGGUCCCCUUUAGGAACUAAUAAAUCUUGCCAAAGUAGAACCUAUAGGUUUGUGUUAUGGGCUCUAUAAGAAGAAGCAAUUCCAAGCUAAAAACUCAAUGAAUCACCCUUUUUUGUAUGAAAAAUAUCAAAAACGGAUAAAUUGAUCGAGUUUGUCUUUUUCAUUCUCAAAUUUUAACAGAAAACUAAAAAAUCCCUGAAGGAACCACUUAAUUUCAAGGGGUUACCACAUAAAGUGAUCACCUAUUAUUCAAAAAAAUUUUCCCCCUCUAGGGGCUGUUUUCCAUCCGAACCCCUAUAGGGACCACUUAGUUUUAAGGGCUUAGGCGUCAGCCACUGAACCCAUAAAGUGAUCACCUAUUUUUGGGAAAAAAAAGCGCCCCUUGUAGGGGCUGUUUUUCAUCCUAACCCCUAUAGGACCACUCUGGCGCUCAUUUGAAAAGAACCAUAUGUUUAUAUUGCCAGAUCUGGGACGUCGCGGCUCAAAAGAAGGUUCGCGACCUGGUGGGCCAUCAGUCGCGAAUCGGCUGCCUCGCUUGGAACGCCGACACGAUUUGCUCGGGCAGUCGCGAUCGGACCAUCAUGCAUCGCGACAUCCGCGUCGACGACCGAGAGACCCCGAGAAAGUUGACGACGCAUCGGCAGGAGGUGAGGCCUUGAAUGGAAGGAUGAUAGUGAUUUUAUUCCAUUUUUGGUUUAAUCAAUAAUUUCAUCCUCGCCACAUCAGAUGGUAUAGCUAGAAUGUCAAGUCGUUCAAGCUCCGCCCCCAAUGGCGUAAUAAACCAAUAGGAGAGCGAGUGAUUCACAGAGCGUUUUCGAGUGACGUCAGUGCACUUAAAAUUCAAAAUCUGAACAGACUAAACUAUAGUGAAAGGAAAAAAGGCCACGAAAGUGAAAAGGGAUAUAAAUUCAGAAAAAAAUUUUUUUUUAAGGACCUAAAAAAACAUUAAAAAAAGUAGGAAUUUUUUUGAAAAAUCAUUUUUUUCUGAUUUUUUUCCAGGUUUGUGGACUAAAAUGGUCGCCCGACAAGCAGUUGCUCGCCUCCGGUGGAAAUGACAAUCAACUACUGGUCUGGAACAUGCGAAGGAACGAUCCUGUUCAGGUGAAUCCUAUGAAAAGAUUUGAUAAUAUGUCCUUUUUAAGCUUUCUUUGUUUCCUUGGCUUUAUAGGUUCAUAGAAAUUGAUGAAAAAAAUCACGUUUUUCUACGGUGUUAUAUUUUUCAUUUCAAAUGAAAACAACCGUACAGAAACAAAAAUUUCGAAAAAAAUAUAGGAAUUUUUGAAAAAAAGAAGCAAUUUUCAUCCCUUUUCGUUUUUGUAACGUUUCCAUCUAAGAAAAAAAUUUUUUUAAUCGUUUUUCUGAAGACGGAAUCAAUGAAUCUUGAAGUAAAUCAAAAAAAGUUCAUCAUAAACUUUAAAAAAACUUGAGAAAUACCAAAAAUAAAUAGUUUUUUUGAAAGAUUUCGAUCACACGUAUUCGAUUAUAACAUUUUACUGAUUAUGAAUAAAUUUUUUUGAAAAAAAUUAAUUUUUUUAUCAAUUUUUUUAAUAAAUAGACUUUCAUUGGGCUUAGUGGUGCCUUUUUUUGGUGGAAUAAUCAUUUUAGAGCAUUUUUGGUAUUUUCCUAAUGAGAGAAGCUGAGAUUCAAGAGAAAUUCGUCCAAAUAAGGUUGUCUUUAACGCAAAACGACCCUUUUAGAGGGUUUUGAGCAGCUUUUUUUUUAUUAAUAAAUGAAAUCAGUUAACAUUUUUCCUUGAACGAAACCUAACUUUCUUAUUUGAAGACGUAUACGGAUCACAACGCGGCGGUGAAGGCCCUGGCCUGGUCCCCACAUCAUCACGGGCUUCUCGUUUCGGGCGGCGGCACGGCGGACCGAUGUCUCCGAUUCUGGAACACCUUGACUGCGCAACCCAUGCAGUACAUUGAUACUGGUAGCCAGGUGAGCGGUGAAAACGGGAAAAAAUGAUCAUGGAAGUUUCAGAGUCUACGAAAAUAUGAUUUUCAAUUAUUUUUCUUCUAAAACUCAAUUUUUUUCGAAAGGCCAAGUAACAGAGAGCAUUAUCGCUUAUGUAAUGGUUUUGAUGAGUUUUUCAUAAUCUUCCUUUUUGGCGUCAAAAAAUUUGGGAGCGACUAUAGCCGUUUUAAAAUCUUGUAGUUCUUACAAAGGGAGGCGCUUGGAAAUCCCUUGAAAAUCGGUCUGAACAUUCCUCGAUGUACCGGAAAAAGAUCCUGGAAUUUUCAACCUGAAUUACUUGUUCUUUUUCGAAAAAUAAAGGCUCCGAUCCCCAAAAUAGCUGAAUUUCGAGAAUUUUGAAGGUUUUCUUGGACCUUAGGGUGGCCUUUUUUGAGAGUUAUCAGGUAAAUCAAGGAGGGCUCUGGCCAAUUUUCAUGAAAACUCAGUCUCAAAGUUAAAUGACCUUCUUUGAUAGGUUGGAAAAAGAAAAUAGAUAAUGAAAAUUCAAAGAAAUCAUCAAAUUAGCUUGAAAUUGUGACACCGAUUGUGUUAAAGAUUCAAAAACGAGUAAAUAUUCCUUUUUUCAAGGUUUGCAACGUCGCCUGGUCGAAACACAGCAGUGAACUGGUCUCAACUCACGGGUACUCCUACAAUCAUGUUAGUUUUUUUAUGAUUUUUUUGAAUCUGUGUAAAGAAGAAAUGAAGGAAAAAGUUUCAUUAUAAUUUUUUUUGUUAAACUUGUGAAACCUGUUUUUUUCAGUCUUUUUUUGAGUAAAACCCUUCAUUGUAACAAUUUUUCAUCUUUUUCAUUUCAUGAUUACUCAGGUUUAAUACAAUAUCGUGACAUAUUAAAAUCAAUUCAGAAAAAAAAUUUUUUUGUAUGAAUCAAAAAAUAUUUUUGCACCAUUUCCAACGAUGAUGCUUUGUUUUUUUCUUUUUCAGAACUUUUUUCGAUUUAAUAAUUGAAAAAAAGGCUUUCAAAAGCUUCUUUUUGAAAAAUCGUAAAGUUCGGUAUCUUCUUUGAGUCUUUCCCAAAUAAUUUUAAUUACUCCAACGUUUAUUGUUUAUUUUAUUGAGCGUAAUUAAUGAAAUUAUGAAUGGACUUCGUACCAAUUUGAUUAUUUUCCAUUAUUCGAAGUUGAAUUGAUCACAAAGUUUGGAAUUCCUCCCGAAAGGAGUAAGGAGGAAAAAAAAAUCCCAGCGGAGACUCUUCAAGGGCCCCUAAGGUUGCCCCUAUACGGACCACUCUGGAGUUCCGAAAAAGCUCUCCCGCCGAUAAUUUGAUCAUUUUGAGGUAAUCAUCUGGAAAUACCCGAGCCUCCAGCCGGUCACCAAACUCGUCGGUCAUCAAUAUCGCGUCCUCUAUCUGGCAAUGUCGCCCGACGGCGAAUCCAUCGUCACCGGGGCCGGAGACGAAACUCUCCGUUUCUGGCACGUCUUCAACAAAACCGGCGCCCCGAGGGCUUCACGAUCCAAGCUGAACCUCUUCACUAGCCUUCGAUAG